AUAAAACCCCCAAAAAAAAGUAUGUUUGCACACAUUUUGUCACAUCCCUUAAUAUGUCUUCUAAUUACUCAAAAACCACCCUCUACAAACAACCCCAAACCACCAACUCUACCACCAUCUCUUGGCCAAACCGGCCCAAGAUCCGACUACGAAGGCGAGGUCGUAGACUCCCAUCAAUUCAACUCGGUGGGAAGAAACCUCGACGAGGUUUCUUCCUAGCUCGAUUUAUUCGGCGUAUACGCCUAAGAUGGCAAAAAAUUCACUAUUCCUGUAUGUUGAGAAAGCUUAAGAUGUAUUAUAAGUCAUUAAUCAAGGAUUUGAUAGAAGCUAAUGCAUCAGUGGAAUCUUAUCAACAAAGAGUAUUAAUGGAAACUUCUUUUGCUGUUCCUGUUGUUGGAGUUUCUUUUUGUAGUUAUCCUAGUGCUGCUGCUAUGGCCAAUCCCAGAUCUAUCAUCAUGUGAUGUGAUCCAACAUUUUGUAUGCUUUUUUAUUUUUUUUUCUUGUAUAACUUGUAAGUUUGUAACUAAUAUUUGAUUUGUAGAAACUAGUAAUCUAAUUUUUAUAAUAAUAAAUUUCUCUUUUAUAGUUCUCAAAAAAAAAAUCUCUUUUAUAUA